AUGGUGAUCAAGCGCAGUGUGUCUCUGUGUCCCCCGGGACCCCACUCUCUAAUCCUGGUCAUUGAUGCAAGCACACCUUUCCAUGACCAGCACAGGAGAUCAGUGGAGGAACACCUGGAGCUUCUCAGCAAGAGAGUCUGGAGACACACUAUAGUGCUGUUCACCUUUGGGGACCAUUUAGGAGAAAUAUCCAUCCAGCAGUACAUUGAGAAAGAAGGACAGGCUCUCCAGGGGGUUAUAAAGAAAUGUGGGAACAGGUAUCAUGUUUUUAACAAUAAGAAGAGGGGAGAUGUCACUCAGGUGACAGAGCUGCUGGAGAAGAUAGAGGAGAUGGUCCUGGGAAACAGUGGUCACUUUCACCUGGACAGUAAAGUUUUACAGAAGAUGGAGGAGGAGAGGAAGGUGAUGGAGGAACGAGUGAAACAGAGAGUGAUGAAGGUGCAGAAACAGAGGGAGACACUCCAAGGUCUUCUAAAGGGAAGGACGCACUAUCUCUCAGAGCUGAGGAUGGUGCUGCUGGGGUGGUUGGCUGCAGGAAAGAGCUCAUCAGGAAACACCAUCCUGGGCAGAGAAGUGUUCAGAGCCGGGAGCAGAGCAGCACAGUGUGUGAAGAUCAGUGAUGUUGUGGCUGGGAGGCUGAUCACUGUGGUCGACACACCAGGCUGGUGGAAAUUCAUCCCAGCAGAACUCACACCAGGCUGGAUAAAACAGGAAACACUGAACAGUGUGAAGCUCUGUCCCCCUGGACCCCACGCCAUCCUUCUGGUCAUUCCUGCAGACACGUCAUUUAAAGAGGAACAAAGAAAAAUAAUCAGAGACUACAUGAAGCUUCUCGGUGAGAAGGUCUGGAGACACACUAUCGUGCUGUUCACCUGGGGAGAAUAUCUAGGAGGAACAAGCAUUGAGCAGCACAUCGAGGCUGAGGGGAAGGCACUCCAGUGGGUUAUAGAGAAAUGUGGGAACAGGUAUCAUGUUCUCAACAAUAAGGACAUGCAGGAUCGAGCACAAGUCACAGAGCUGCUGGAGAAGAUGGAGGAGAUGGUAGCAGGAAGAACAGUGUUUCACCCCAGUGCUCAGACUCACUGUAAGGAUGUGGAGCCAGCAGAGAUGGAGACAGAUACCAGCGAGGGUCAUCCCAGCACAGAAACACGGGAUCCUGAGAGAAACCCAGAUGGAUCCGAAGACCUGAAGCAAACUCUGCAUGAAAUGUGGAAGAGGAGAGAAGAGGAGCUGUUGAAGAAACUGGGUCUGAGUUUUCUUAAUGAAAUGGACAGUGAGAGAGAGACCCCCCAGCAGGGGGCAGCAGAGAGCACCGUGCUCCCUCCCAGUGAUUUCCGGAAGUUGUUUGAGAAGGAAUGGAGGCGGAUGGAAUCAGGGAUGAUUCUGCAUCACGCCAUCCGUUCUACAAGAAGGGGUGACAAGGUUUGUGGAUCCAGCUCCCCAUACCGGGGUUGCGAGAUCCUGUCGGGGUGCAGCUCUCCCGGACAAAGUAACGCCUCUGAAGAGACGCUGUUUCCCCUGCACUCUGAUUUACUCGGGAAGAACAGCUGCAACUCCCGUUUACUGCACCACAGGAGCCCCGGGGUCAGCUGGCAGAGGGGCGGGGUCUCAGGGGCAACACACCGUCUCUCAGAGCUGAGGAUCGUGCUGCUGGGGGGGAUAGACAGUGGGAAGAGUUCAGCAGGAAACACCAUCCUGGGCAGAGAGGAGUUUGAGUCUGGAGUAAGAACUGCGCAGUGUGUGAAGAGACAGGGUGUAGUAGCUGGGAGGCAGAUCACUGUGAUUGACACAACAGGCUGGUGGAGGUUUUCUGUUCUUAAUGAUUCGUCACGCCUGCUCCUAUCCCAGAUCAAGCGCAGUGUGUCUCUUUGUCCCCCGGGACCCCAUGCUCUCCUCCUGGUCAUUGAUGCAGCCACAUCUUUCCAUGACCAGCACAGGAGAUCAGUGGAGGAACACCUGGAGCUUCUCAGCGAGAGAGUCUGGAGACACACUAUAGUGCUGUUCACCUCUGGGGACAGUUUAGGAGAAAAAUCCAUCCAGCAGUACAUUGAGAAAGAAGGACAGGCUCUCCAGGGGGUUAUAAAGAAAUGUGGGAACAGGUAUCAUGUUUUCAACAAUAAGAAGAGGGGAGAUGUCACUCAGGUGACAGAGCUGCUGGAGAAGAUAGAGGAAAUGGUCCUGGGAAACAGUGGUCACUUUCACCUGGACAGUAAAGUUUUACAGAAGAUGGAGGAGGAGAGGAAGGUGAUGGAGGAACGAGUGAAACAGAGAGUGAUGAAGGUGCAGAAACAGAGGGAGACACUCCAAGGUCUUCUAAAGGAGCUGAGGAUGGUGCUGCUGGGGUGGGUGGUUGCAGGAAAGAGCUCAUCAGGAAACACCAUCCUGGGCAGAGAAGUGUUCAGAGCCGGGAGCAGAGCAGCACAGUGUGUGAAGAUCAGUGGUGUUGUGGCUGAGAGGCUGAUCACUGUGGUCGACACACCAGGCUGGUGGAAAUUCAUCCCAGCAGAACUCACACCAGGGUGGAUAAAACAGGAAACACUGAACAGUGUGAAGCUCUGUCCCCCUGGACCCCACGCCAUCCUUCUGGUCAUUCCUGCAGACACGUCAUUUAAAGAGGAACAAAGAAAAAUAAUCAGAGACUACAUGAAGCUUCUCGGUGAGAAGGUCUGGAGACACACUAUCGUGCUGUUCACCUGGGGAGAAUAUCUAGGAGGAUCAAGCAUUGAGCAGCACAUCGAGGCUGAGGGGAAGGCACUCCAGUGGGUUAUAGAGAAAUGUGGGAACAGGUAUCAUGUUCUCAACAAUAAGGACAUGCAGGAUCGAGCACAAGUCACAGAGCUGCUGGAGAAGAUGGAGGAGAUGGUAGCAGGAAGAAUAACGUUUCACCCCAGUGCUCAGACUCACUGUAAGGAUGUGGAGCUAGCAGAGGUGGAGACAGAUACCAGCGAGGGUCAUCCCAGCACAGAAACACGGGAUCCUGAGAGAAACCCAGAUGAAAUCAGACACCUGAAGCAAACUCUGAAUGAAAUGUGGAAGAGGAGAGAAGAGGAGCUGUUGAAGAAACUGGGUCUGAGUUUUCUAAAUGAAACGCAGAGUGAGAGAGAGACCCCCCAGCAGGGGGCAGCAGAGAGCACUGUGUUCCCUCCCAGUGAUUUCCGGAAGUUGUUUGAGAAGGAAUGGAACAGGAAGGAAACAGCGGCGUUUCUGUCACAGAGGAGUGACAUGGUGAGUGAAGAUAGAAGAUCCGAACCCGACAGCGUUGAACCCGACAGCGCUGAACUCGAAGGCCCUGAACCCGACAGCGCUAAACCCGACAGCCCUGAACCCGACAGCGCUGAACCCGACAGCCCUGAAUCUGACAGCCCUGAACCCAACAGUGCUGAUCUUGUGAGGGCCUGCAUCAUUGUAACAGCUGCAACUCGCGUCUGUGAAACCGUCACGGCAUCGGACGCCCCGCCUCCGUCUGCGGCCGCGCGCUUCGUUACCGACAGCAGGGCACGCGCCACCCGCGCAAUCCGCGAGCGCCACUUCCUCCUCUGCGUGCCGACCGGUGCGCGAGGCUACAGUCGCGCGACUCCCGUGUGCGGAGGUUGCGUGAUGCGUGAUGCGUGA